GCUUCCGGAGCAGCAUGGCGGCCACGGAGAACGAGCAGUCAGCGGGCAACAGUGAAGGAGAGCGCCUGGAUUUCCUGAGAGAUCGGCAUGUGCGGUUCUUCCAGCGCUGCCUCCAGAUGUUGCCGGAGCGCUAUUCUUCUCUGGAGACCAGCAGGUUGACAAUUGCAUUUUUUGCACUUUCCGGGCUGGAUAUGCUGGAUUCCUUAGAUGUGGUGAACAAAGAUGAUAUAAUAGAGUGGAUUUACUCCCUGCAGGUCCUUCCCACAGAAGACAGAUCAAAUUUAAAUCGCUGUGGUUUCCGAGGCUCUUCAUACCUGGGUAUUCCAUUCAAUCCUUCAAAGAAUCCUGGAACAGCUCAUCCUUAUGACAGUGGCCACAUAGCAAUGACCUACACUGGCCUUUCAUGCUUAGUUAUUCUUGGAGAUGACUUAAGCCGAGUAAAUAAAGAAGCUUGCUUAGCAGGUUUGAGAGCCCUUCAGCUUGAAGAUGGAAGUUUUUGUGCUGUACCUGAAGGAAGUGAAAAUGAUAUGCGAUUUGUGUACUGUGCUUCUUGUAUUUGCUAUAUGCUCAACAACUGGUCAGGCAUGGAUAUGAAGAAAGCCAUUGACUAUAUUAGAAGAAGUAUGUCCUAUGACAAUGGACUGGCACAGGGAGCUGGACUUGAAUCUCAUGGAGGAUCGACUUUUUGUGGCAUUGCAUCACUGUGUUUGAUGGGUAAACUAGAAGAAGUUUUUUCAGAAAAGGAACUGAAUAGGAUAAAACGAUGGUGUAUAAUGAGACAACAAAAUGGUUAUCAUGGAAGACCUAAUAAACCUGUAGACACCUGUUACUCUUUUUGGGUAGGAGCAACUCUGAAGCUUCUGAAAAUUUUCCAGUACACUAACUUUGAGAAAAAUAGAAAUUACAUCUUAUCAACUCAAGAUCGUCUCGUAGGAGGAUUUGCUAAGUGGCCAGAUAGUCACCCAGAUGCUUUACAUGCAUACUUUGGGAUUUGUGGCCUGUCACUAAUGGAGGAAAGUGGGAUUUGCAAAGUACAUCCUGCCCUGAAUGUAAGCACACGGACUUCUGAACGCCUUCGAGAUCUACAUCAGAGUUGGAAAACCAAGGACUCUCAACAGUGUUCAGAGAAUAUGCACAUCUCCACAUGAUUUCCUUUAGAUAAUGAUGGUGGUGGGGAUCUGUAGCAUAAUUGUCGCCCAAGCUUAAAAGCCAUGUAUAGCCAGGUGUGUGCUUUUUUUACGAAGUGGAAUGAUACAAUCAGAUCCAGUACUGAUUUAACUUUGGGAUAUGGUCUUGAACAAGUAGUAGCCUUUAACUACACUGUUUCAAGGAAAUCUAUGUCUGACCCACAAUGUACUCUGUCAUAAUUCUUAAAUGUUUCUACUGUAUUUCUAAAAAUUUCUUUGAGGCAAAUUAACUAUAUGUAUGCAGUUAUCUUUAAAAAAAAAAAAACAAACUCUUCCGUAUCAUAAAAUGAACACAAAUCUUCAGAAGAGUUGACAUUUCAUAUAGCAUUGAUAAUCAUCAGAUGAAUAAUUAUUGUUUUCAAAGUUUGAUUGCCAGUGGUAGAAAAUUCCUUGAACAAUUAAGUAUCUGAGAUUGUUCUUUGAAAACAGAUAUUCUCAUAAUAUUUUUAAAGAAUUACUUAUUUUGUCUUAUUCCUA